UUUGCAAUCCAUUAAAUCUCUCGACACGACACUCCCAAGCAAAAGCAGCUUAGCCCAAACAUUGAAGGUCAGUUCACGCGGGAGUGCGCUCCAAACAACUUCGUCGGAUCGGAUGGCAGCAGUAGACACAGGCGCAGGACAGGAUAUGGUCAAUGGGCUGUUGUUGUUGCCAUUGUUAUUGUUGUCACCCCGCUGUCGCCCAGAUACAGACACAAAACUUUUCUGAGUGCCCUAGUCCAGGUCCCAGCAUCCAUUCCUUGCGAAAAUAUUGCUGCUGAAAAGUGUGUGCAUGUUGUACUACAGAUGUUUCUUGCGUCCCACUGCAUGGCCACAGAACUGGACGGGAAUUCGGCUUUGGAUUUGGCACAAACAAACAGCGACGACAAUUGUCGGAUGGUGAUGCGGGAGCGGGAGCGGCGGCGGCGGCAGUGAAACGUAGUUUUUAGAGUUGCAUAAUUACACGCACACGCACACACCCAUGCCCCAUGCCCCAUACCCAUACCAAUACGCAUACCUGCCACUGCCACUGGCCAUGGAACUGUUGGGCGUUGUUGCGGUUUGAUGUGGCGCUCCUCCAUGCAUUUCGCUUGCUGCUGCAGCCAUGGAAACUUGUCGUACCUGUGCGAUUUCCAUGUUUGUUUGCCAUGGCAGCAACAAUUUUCUGGACCUAUUCCAUCCCACCUGCUGGCAGAGUGAAAUGGCCCAGAUACGACUGGAGUUUGUCCACUGGAAUCUGAAGAUUUCUCCCAACGAUGGAUUGCCACAGAAAAUAUGCAGCGACUGUUUUACAAAGUUCUGCUCCAUUUACACAUUUCGACUGGGCUGCCAGGAAGCGCAGUUGAAGUUGUCGAACAUUUAUGACAAAAUCGAUGCCAGCAGCUUGGAGGAUGAAUGCCAGGAAGAGGAAGGGGAACAUGAAGAUGCGGAAGCUGUGCCAGAAACAACAAUUAUAGGAGCAACAACAACAACAACGACGGUUUCAACCGAAACACAACCAAACACUGCCACUGCCCCCCCAAUAGAGUUUUUUGUGGAAACCAUAGGCCACACCGAAGCGAGUAACGAUAACGACUCACAGCCACUAUACCAGGAUGAUGAUGAUGAUAAUGAUGAUGAUGAUGAUGAUGACGUUGAUGCCUCUCAGGAACUGACCAUUAGCUAUGCCUGUAAGUUCUGCUUUAGGCCGCAGGAGAGCUACCAGCUGCAGCAGCUGCUCCUGGAUCACAUAAAUGCCAGCCAUGAUCCAGAGCAGCCGUACAACUGUCCGGAGUGCGAGGAGUGCUUCCAGGAUGCUGCCUCCCGGACUGUGCACCUCAAGAGCAGUCAUGUGGAGAAGCAGUUCAAGUGCGAAGUGUGCGGCAAGCAGUACAGCGAUCGGCACAACCUGCGCCAUCACAUCGAGAAGUAUCACUCGGAGACGGACUUUGAGUGCACCAUGUGCGAGAAGCGCUUCUUUACGCGCAAAAGCCUCAACUAUCACAUGAAGUGGCACAAUCCGGAGCGUCAGCUCAAGUGCCGGCAGAGCGGCUGCGAGCGUUUGUUCAUCAAUCAGCGGCAUCUCAAAUGCCAUGAGGCCACCCAUACGGGCGCCAGUGCCAGGAAGAGCGAGCACUGUGGCUUCUGUGGUAAAACUUUCAUACACCUAAAGACACUACGAUGGCAUAUCUAUAGACAGCAUGGCGGGGAAAAGCCCUACAAAUGCGCCAACUGCACGGAGGUGUUCGCCUCGUACGCGGAGAAAAGGAUCCAUAUGCUGGAGCGGCACAGGGAGAACCUAACGCCCAUUGAACGCAGCGAAUGCAUGUUGUGCCGCCAGCCCUUUGGCAGCGAGCAGGAGCUCAUACAUCACAUGUCCGUGGAUCAUUUGCAGCGGGCGGCCAGUGCGCCAGUGAUUGCCAACAAUAAGCGUGUCCUGCAGCAGAAGCGAGAGCGUCAGUAUUCGGGACUCUUUCAAUGCGACAGCUGCACCCAGAGAUUCAAUAUGAAGUCGGCCCUGGAUCGCCAUGCCGCUGUCCAUUCGGAGAAGGACAGGCCGCAUGCCUGUCUGCACUGCUCAAAGCGUUUCAAACGGGCCCAGGACCUGAAGUGGCACAUCAAGACGCACGAGAAGGAGAAGCCCAAUGUUUGUGACGUGUGUGGCAAGGCCUUUGCCUUGAAGUAUGUCCUCACACAGCAUCGGCUAAGCCAUGAAGUUUUGGAGAAGAACUUUAAGUGCAACGUUUGCGGUCGGGCCUAUCUGUUUGAAAAGAGCCUGCGGCUGCAUCAACGCAUCCACACGGGCAACACCUACUACAAAUGCGAUCUGUGCCAGGAACGCUUCGUAACGCACAUUAAACUGAAAACUCAUAUGCAGAAAAUGCAUGCACACGCAUCUGAGACGCCUUCACCGGACUCCCUGGAUGAUUUGAUAAAGAUUGUGAUUUCCUAAACAGAACAAGAUAGCAAAAGAAAGCCCCUACUGUACUUUUGUAGCCAAGCGCAAAUAGAGAGAGAGAGACAGAGAGCGUAGCUCUCACUAACUCCUACUAAACUGACAAACUACCAAAACCAAACUACUAAAACCAUACCCUCCAUUCAACCUUAUCAUUAGACCAUAUGCGGCCGCAGGAACGCACCAGGGCUGAAAGCUUUAUACUCUCUAGGCAAAUGAUUCACUCUCUAUCAUAUAUAUCUUCUACUAUAUCUUUCUUCUUCCACCAUCGUAUUCCCCUGAAUACCGCGAGUGCUGUCCAUCUAUAUAUUCACACACCUGCAGCACUUAGAAACACACGACCAUUGACGACCAUUUAGCGAUAAGCAAUAUUUAAAAAGAACUUCAAGCUACACGGCAACCACUUAAUGCUCAAUGCAUUUGCAUUUAUUUCAAAACCCAAAAAAUAUUUACAAUAUCUACCGAAAGAGUAUAAGUCGUAUUUAAAAUAUCAAUGUACUAUGAAUUUUACUAUGUGUAGUUCCAGAUAUAUUUACCAAAUUCGUGCUCUAUAAAAACAUCAAUUUGAAAAGAUGAAGUAGU